AUUGGCUCUGUAAAGAAAAGGACACCAAAGAGCGUCGUUUGAAUGUUGAGCUUGUCUUUGUGUCACGGAAAAUAUGAGUGGCAAAAAGUUCUUCGCAUAAUAUUUUGUAUCGGCUGGCAACAGUGUGGCUUUAACGCAGUGUUGUGAACUAGUAUUGGAGGAUGCCUCGUCGCGAACCUGACAGCUCUUCUGCAAGCCGGCGCAAGGGUGCAACACCCAAGCGUCGGCCUCCAGCCCCAACCGCGCCUGCUUCAACAUCACCGGCAGCACGGCUGAGCGGACCAUCAGGUCCAGCUCCCUCCAUGCAAAAGAAGAGGAGGUUUCGCCCUGGCACCCGAGCUCUGAUGGAAAUUCGCAAGUACCAGAAGAGCACUGACUUGCUUUUGCGCAAGGGACCGUUUGUGCGCCUGGUUCGGGAGGUGUGCCAGACUUAUAGCAGGGACUUCAUGAGAUGGCAGGUGUAUGCUCUUCUGGCGUUGCAGGAGGCUGCAGAGGCUUUCCUCGUUUUACUGUUUUCCGACGCCUACCUGUGUACCAUCCACGCCAAGCGUGUAACGCUGUUCCCCCGUGACAUUCAACUUGCCCGGCGAAUUCGAGGAGUGGAUAAUCUCUGAGAACACUCAGAUGAGCCAUUGAGGAGCGAGCAAUGUGUCUUGGAGUGGGCCUGUUAUAGCCUCUUUUUAAUAUAUAUUGUUUUAAACCACUGACCAUGGACUAUGGGGUGCUGGGGACCUCUAACAAUGCUAUGUUUUGAUGCAAAGCAUCAGUGGAUCUAAUUUGCCCCAAAUACACAUGCAUUAUGUUCAUGCCAGUUAUAAACUCAGUAUAUUCUAUAACAAAAUGCUCACCCAGGCAAGGACUGUUGACCAAUGUUUUGAUUUUAGAAAAAAGUGUUUUUGUACAUUGAUGGAAAAACAUUGUUGGGUAUACUGCUUUAGUUCAUCUGUGUUUUGGGCCCUCAUGCCACCUAAAACAAGUUAGUAUAGUGGUCAAAUAUGAGAUUUACUGUAAAUAAUGUUGGAUUUUAAUAAAUGUUUUUAUUCAGUAGGAAAAACAAUUAGAAAUGCCUCACAUUUGU